UCACUCCCCCCACGACAGAGGCGAAAUGCGACCCCCCCUACUUCGCCGCCGGCAGCGAGUGCUUCUACGUCAACAACCACAAGCGUCUGACGUGGGUGGAGGCGCAGAACUUCUGUCGGGGCCUCGGGGGCGACUUGGCCGAGCCCGACAGAGUGAACAUGCUGAGGGCGGUUCUGCUGCAGAAGUAUCCCGAGGACGAGAACCAGUUCUUCUGGGUCGGGGCAUCCAUGAACGGCACCGGCAAGACGUGGAAGUGGGUCUCAGGCCGCAACGUGACCCGAGGAGACUGGGCGGCCGACCAGCCCGACGGAGGCAACGAGAACUGCGUGGUCCUGAGUCGAGACGAGUUCCCCACCCUGCAUGACUCGCCUUGCUACACCCAGACCAUGUUCAUCUGCGAAAAAAUUGUCAUCACGACUAAUUAGGGAGGUGUGAUAGGGGGAGGGGGGAAGAGAGGAGAGAGAGAGAGAGAGAGAGAGAGAGAGAGAGAGGAGAGUGAGAGAGA